GAUAGAUUGAUUUCGUACUUAUGCACGGUACCGCACGUACUUACUGUACCGGUAGAGAAGAUCAACACUAAAUAAUUUAAGUACGUACUGUACUCCUAAAUAUUUCUGUGUACAGAGCGUCAAAUUCGUCAAAUUCCGACACAUCAAUAAUCAAAAACAUUGACGUCAAGAAAAUGGAAGUUGUACGCACUACGCACUCUUGUAUCUGCCAGAAGGGGACUUACGUCGUACGAAGUACUUCUAAUGAAUUUGUUUUGUUCUGUCGUCCUGACAAAACUCUUUGGAUGUGCUCACCAAGAAUUUCAAGUGUAACUUCUUUAAAGUCCUUCUGUAGUCAUAUCGGCACCAAAUGACCAUGAAAAUCAAUAUUUUGCAAAAGAACACGGCAUCACUCGUGUCCAUAUUGCUGUUAGUAUUACAACUCUCUUCUUCUUUUGUUAUCAAGAGUGAUAAAACAGCCUUCACAAAUGGGAGGAAUAACAUUGCAUUGGGUGUUCUAGCCGAUGUCGACGAUAAAGUUUCUGAUGUAGCGGACGCUGGGGAUGACACUUCGAAUGUAUCGGUUCUUGUUGACGUUUUGAAUAAGCGGCUGAAGGGAGGAGAAGGAAGUUUGACCGAUGCAGACACGAAUGCUGCAAUAACCGCAAGCGAUUCUUUGUUGGUUCAUUUGGGCGAGCUCAAGAAUUCAGUAGAAAGCACCGAGUACUCUCAAAGCGACCUCCACACCGCCGCGAGAAAAAUGGACGUUGAUACCGUCUCAAAGAUGCUUGAUGCUGGCUUAGAAAUGGAUGCUAUUACGACAGAUACAGCGUUUUGGGCGGUAGUCAAGGCCGUAGAUCAAGCAGAGGCACAAGAUCUGCCCCUCUCCGCCAACGUGACACAAAUGCUUCACCACGUCUUCGAUGCCGAUGUGAAGCAAUUGUUGUCACGCGAGAAAAUAGGUACCAACAUAACGUGUAUGCAACCAGACGACACCGGUGGCAUCGCUGGCUCUGCAAAAAAGAUGAGUUAUAUCUUCGACGAUUCGGCCCACAAGGACCUGCCACUCAUGGAGGGACGUAAAUGCGAGGGUGGGACAUGUUGCGAUGCGUGCAGCCGGAAUAUCUUUCCCACGUUUGCAUCAGAAGCUGAGAGUAGCCUCGUAACCUUCCCCGAGCUUUCAUCGCUCACUUUCAACGAUCUGGAGAAAGUGUCUGCGAGCACCAUCAUCCAAUUUGUGCGAUUGAUUGAGCGAGUGCGCCGCACCAUUUCACAUGAAUACGGUUUGCCUCUCAAGAAUAUCCUCCCACUACAGGCGUAUUCGAGAAAGUAUGUUGCCGGAUCGACGCAAAAGGGUGGCGGUGGUGGCGAGGGUGACUUCGUUAUCCUUCACACCGACGAGGCCACACACGAUGGAUAUCACUAUUCGUGUGUGCUCUACCUGAGUACUCAGGGUGUGGACUUCGAAGGUGGCGACUUUGUCUUCAACGAUCCGGCUGAAAUUGUGCAAGAAAUUUCGAGCACUGAUAGCAAAGAAGAUACCGAAGAAGACAAAGUAGACGAGGAUUUAUUAGGACAACUUCUCCGUGGGGAACUCCCUGACGUAGAUGUAGAGGUUACCGAUGACGACGAGGACGAAGGCGAGGGAGAGGAUCUUGGCGAUUUGGAACAGCAGAUUCGUAAUGAUGGACGAAAACUCACCCCAUUUCACCCGAAGCGAGGCGCUGCUGUUAUUUUCUCCUCGGGGUGGGAAAACAUGCACGAGGUCGAAAAGAUCACGUCCGGUGUUCGCUACGCUGUUCCGUGCUUUUUCACCACCUGCCCCGUGCCAGAUAUAGCGUACGACCAAAUGAAUGUCGGCAAGCCCAAGACCGACGAGGACAUUGCCGAUGACUGGCUGCAUCUGCUGCUAGCUCACCGUAAGGAGGAACCGAUCGAAUCUGUGGGGCGUGUUAAGGAGCUCCUCAUGAAGUGGCACUACAUCUGCACACCCCUUUCCGAGCACUAAAUGGCUUAAAAACCAAAUGAUGAACAAUUCAGAAAUCAGGAUUAUUCAUUGAAUUAGGAUUUGUUGGGCAGACAGAUACGUUUCAAAUUGGAGAGCUAAAAAAUUAUCAACCAGCCAGUUCAAACCGAAUCUAAUUUUGUGUUUCUGCUGGAUGAAAUUCCAAAGACAACGUCGUGAUCCUGAUUAGUGUGUGUAUCAUUUUGGAAAGAUUACAUAAGUUUAGUAAAUGCUACAUUUCUUU